UGAGUCUUCGAGGGCUGGCUCCCCGGUUGAAGGGUUGGUUUUGGCGAACACUUGCACCAUGGCGUGGCGGACAGUGCAGCGGAGUAAGACCUUGCUGGGCCCGCUGCUGCUUGCGUGUGCCUGUUGGGGGUCACUGACAGCAUUUGCAGGCUCUUCACUCUGCAGAUCUUUGAGGCCAAGUGCCAGCCUGGCAGCUGUGACCGAGGCAAAGGUGGACUCCAAGGCCGCGACUGAGGGAGAUCCUGCCAAGCUUGAGUUCGAAACUUACAAGUUCAACUUGGCGUGGACCAAAAUGAAGCAGGCGGAGGAGGAGAAUUCUCCCGAAUAUCCGAAGCUCAAACAGGAGGUGGAGGACUUAGCCAAGGUGGUCGAGUCCCUGGGCGGCUCCAAACCCGCGGAGAUGAUGACCCUGGAUGAGGCGGAGCGCAAGGUCCGCGAGGUGCGAGAGGAUUUGAGCUUCGAGAAGCUCAUGCAGAUGUCCAAUGAGGAGAGAUGGUUGCUGGCGCAGGGCCUGGGCCCAGCCUUCCCUAUCUCCCUGAUCCUGUCCUACACCCUCUAUUGGACCCUGAACGUCCCUUUCAUCACCUACGCGUACUACACCAGUGUUCUCUCUGGCGCUGCAAGCAUGAGUCUGGUGAUGGCAGGAGCCUAUGCAACAUCUAUCCCCUUCAAACCGCUGAUCUACAUUGGUGCGAUCCUGUUCACGCCGUGGGUGGCAGAUAAUAUCAUGCCGGCGAUCAGCAAGUUCUUCAAGCUCUUCCGACUUCCUGAUGAGCAGGAAUUGAACCAGCUCUGAGCCUUGUGG